ACUCCAAAGGAUGUCUGUCCAGCAGCAUGAUGCACCAGUGUCAACAGCUGUGGGAUUUUCCAAAAUAAACAGUGGAGCAUUUUGACCAUGACGGACUGGUGGGAUGUAGAUAAGCACGUGACACCAGAUGUCAGUCUGAGUGUGGCCUUGCUGAGCUGUGAGUGGAGAGGAGGAGACUCACUCAGACCACUGCCAUGGCUUUCUAUCAACAACACCACAAUCUGCGACUUCUUCAAAGCCUCCGUCUGGAUCCCGUUCCUAUCCAGCGACGCGUGCUAGAUGAUCAGGUGGAGUUGUGGUGGUUCAGAGAGCCGCGCAACUCCCUGCUGUGUUACUGUACCUCUGUGGUUUUGGUUCUGGGGCUGGGCUUUGGCGGAGUGGGCCUCCUAUCCACCACCACUAGUCUGUCCGGAGAAUGGCGCCUCGGGGUGGGCACCACGCUCUGUCUUCUGGCUCUCGCUGUUCUCCUCAAGCAACUCCUUAGCUCUGCCAUUCAGGAUAUGAAUUGUGUGCGCAGUCGACGUCGGAUAGAGCAGCUGAGGAGCGGCGGCCUGGCGGAUCCGGUGCUGAUUCUGGCUGUGGGGCUGGUGCUGAUGCUAUGUGGGACUGUGCUACUCUGUGUGGUGACAGCCGGCAACCAAGUCACCCAGGGCCCAGACACCUGGGAUAUGCUGGUGUCUGGUUUGGUGAUGUUGUCUGCAGGAGGAGGUAUGGCACUGGCUGUUGUGGGCUACAGCUGCCUACAAUACCUUAGAAGAAGACGGGAGCAGAGAAGAAGGAUGAUGAUGAGAAGGAGCCGAGCGAGGAGGCUUCAAGCUGACAGGGUGUUCAUUGUCUCAGGAGGACAAUCAGGUCAGGACAGUAGGGACACUGCAUCCAGCAGCACCAGGUUGAUCUAAUGAACGCUUCAAAUCAAAGAGGAAAAAAACUGGUCAAGCAGAACUCCAAUGG